CCACUGACGGAAUCGACCAACCACUGUCUCGAGCGUCGCGACCGUCGUCGCACUUCGCGUUUCUCGGUUGCAGCGCGCGGAUCGUCGGAGCGUCCCGCCUCGCCAACCAGAUUGUUUUCCGCGAUCUUUCGAUUUUGCGAGAGUGAGGUAAUCGAGAGUCAACGACCGUGAGCGACGAUGUCGGUGAUCUACAAGAACUCGAUGAAUGCCAUCAGCAAGUUCGUGCCCGAGAAGCUGCAGCCUCUAUGGAAACAUCCAGCUGGUCAGUAAAGUGGUCGGUCGAUCGUCGGGCUGUGCUAUGGCAGGUCCGCAAACCAUCUUCUUUUGGGCACCGGCCUUCAAAUGGGGGCUGGUAAUCGCCGGUCUCGGUGAUUUGCAGAGGCCAGCGCAUAAAGUCUCCAUCAGCCAAUCUUGUGCCUUGGGCAUCACUGGAUUAAUCUGGACCAGAUACUCCUUAGCCAUUACGCCGAAAAAUUGGAACCUCUUUAGUGUGAAUCUGUUCGUCGCGUGUACAGCCAUUUACCAAGUGUCGAGAGCUGUGAUGUAUCAACGCCAGCAAGCUGCUCUGGAAGCAGCAAAGUCGUCAGAUCCAGUUCAUUGACAAUAGUCGACGGUGAUGCACAUUCCUAGGAAACGAAAUCCGGAAUAUUUAAUUCUUCACUACUUCGCGUUCCAAUCAAAUACGUUCACGUUUUAUCACUUAGAAUUCGUCGCAGACGAACCGUCUAAUAACGUGACGCUUAGCGUAUCUGACCAAUAUAUCUGAAUUACGAGCGAGACGAUCAUGACGCGCGCGCGCGAGCUAUUAAACUUACCAACCAACUCAGAUUUUCUCAAAACCGUGAAGAUGUAGUACAAUUAUAUUGUGCGCGUUCAACGAUCCGACGCUGUAGACAAGUAGUAUGUAUCUCUGAACGAAGCCGGCAUGCAUGUCGUCAUGAUAUAUGUUCCCAUUCAUCGCGAGACGAGCUGAAAAAGAUGUCAUGAGGUUUUUAUGUAAUGUUUACGUUCUGGGCUGCUCGCGCCAAACUGUGAUACGAAGCGACAUACGGUGCUUCUUCGUAAAGUCUUCCCGUUGACUUGGCGCGAUCAAAAAAAUGCGCCCUGCGUUGUACGGGUACAAGAUGAACUAAUGGAGUACAAUACAUACAACAUGAGACGAACGAACACGAAACGAGCAGGUAGUAUUGGGUAUAACAGACACUGUAGAUUAAACUGUGUAUAUAUACCGUACUGAAUACCGUUGCGCCCCAUUAAUUCAUCGCUAUUACGAUUUAUACAUAAUACUAACUUGCUCACGGUGCUUCCGCACAACAUAUCGACGUAAUGCGACACUUCGGAGGGACGGACAAAUGUACAAAAUAUACUUUAUUCGAUAAUUGUUGUAACUGCCUCGCCUUGUGGCCAGUUGAAAUAAAGUACGGAUAUUUUUAAUGUCGCUGCGUCGUCAAGUGAAACGAUCUAGUCCGAUAGCGACGUGACGAUUCAUCUGCACGUGAAUUUUCGAUGUUUUUAACAGUUGGUUUGAACGGUAAGUUAUUAAGAAGUUAUUAGAACGGUAUACAGAAAAACGUGAACAGUAAGGAAAUUAACCAAUCACAAUCGAUUAUUUAAGUUUUACUGCUGAUAUUCUUUUGUUGCUCCUAGCCUUAGAGUGGCUUUCUCCAAAUUUUGAUUAAGCUAGUGGAUAAUUAAUUUAAUUGACGGAGUUGCUAACAUAGAGAAGAAAAGAUAGUUUGUUAUUAAAAGUUAAGAAAAAUAAUCGUGCUCUUUUCUUAUAAUUUGUAUCUAAAAUUGAUAUUAUUAAGUAUUAAUAUUACGUAGAAUGAUCAAUAUUUUGAUUAUUGUCAAACAACAGAUUACAAAUUGCUGUUGACAAUUCUUCCAAUUAAUCGCCGAUUAAAAAUUUAAUUAGUGUUCGGGAAGUCAGCUUAAAACUUUCAAAUUAAACAUGGUCGCCAGCUCGAUUAAUCACAAUCGAUUUUUCUUAUACGAAUCGAUUAUUCCAAGGAGAAUAAUCGACUGUGAUUAGCUAAAUUUCUUAUUAUUUACGUCUCUCUGUGUGCUUCCGGUUUUACACAACGGUUUGAUUCCCCGACUUCCGAAGUAAGAAAAUAAUGCGCUCAAUAUUUAAUGAGAGCAAUCAAUGUUUAACUGUGUUGUCUAUUUGUGUGAAUGUCGAAUACGCAGAUGUUUCGUGUCGCCAAGUGAGGAAAACAAGGUAAUUACCUCGUUCGACUAAUGAGCUUUGUUAAGAUUUCGCGGUAACCUCUACAGUAUUGCUGUUAAUUUCACGAAUAUCUCAGUGUCACGAUAGAAAUUCGUCGAGUACAUGGUUACGAGUACACGGUUGCUAAACUUAGAAUUUAUGUUAUAAAACAUCGUUUCUCUUAUAAAAUUCAAGCUAUCUCGAUCGUUGACGACAGAGUGCCAUCGUUUGUUUUACGUCAAGUAAAAAGAGAUAAUAUCUACACGUGUCUAUCCAUAACACGAGAAUAUAUUUUUUAUAAAGAACGUCUACAAAGCUCUAGGUUAAAUAAAAUUGAUCUAUUAUU